GUGAGGUCACUUCCGGCGUGCGGAGCGGCUUCCUGCGGCGGCUGCCUCCUCGCCUUCUCUUUGCUGCCAGACCGCCGCCAUCAUGGGUCGCAUGCACGCUCCCGGGAAGGGCCUGUCCCAGUCGGCUCUGCCGUACCGCCGCAGCGUGCCCACGUGGCUGAAGUUGACGUCGGACGACGUGAAGGAGCAGAUUUACAAAUUGGCCAAGAAGGGCCUGACUCCCUCGCAGAUCGGUGUGAUCCUGAGGGACUCACAUGGCGUUGCACAAGUGCGCUUUGUGACAGGCAAUAAAAUCUUGCGAAUCUUGAAGUCCAAAGGACUGGCUCCUGAUCUUCCUGAGGACCUCUACCAUCUAAUCAAGAAAGCCGUUGCUGUUCGCAAGCAUCUUGAGAGGAACAGAAAGGAUAAGGAUGCUAAGUUCCGGCUGAUUCUGAUAGAGAGCCGAAUUCACAGAUUGGCUCGUUACUAUAAGACCAAGCGGGUGCUUCCUCCCAACUGGAAAUAUGAGUCAUCCACAGCCUCUGCUCUAGUGGCAUAAAUUUAUCUUGUGUACUCCAGCAAUAAAAUCUCUUGAAAUAA